AUGUGCAACACGUUGUCCGAGAUGGGAAUUAAAAACCUCAUCCAGCUGUCAAUGGACGGACCCUACGUGAACUGGAAAGCAUAUGACAUGAUUCAAAAAGAGAUGCAAAAACAGGUGGACAAGUCGCUGUUAAACAUUGGCUCUUGUGGUCUGCACGUACUACACAACGCUUUCAGAGCGGGGUCCAGCGCAGCGGGAUGGGACGUUGAGCACUCGCUCUUAUGUUUGUAUUGGCUAUUUCACGAUGCUCCUGCUCGCCAUGAGGACUUCAUCAACGCUACUGGGUGUAGCAUCGCAAUGCUGAAGUUUUGCAAACACAGAUGGCUGGAAAAUGUCACGGUAUCCGAGAGAGCGCUAAAACUUUGGCCUCACAUAUUGACAUAUUUGAACAUGGUACGGAAGGGUGAUCUACCAGAGCCCAAGAUCAAGUCCUUUGAGGCCAUCAAGGCCAGUGCCACAGAUCCCCUGUUUACACUGAAACUGAUGAUAUUUAACAGCAUUGCAAGAGAGAUGGCCCCCUUUCUCACCCUUUAUCAGACUGACAGACCCAUGUUGCCAUUCUUCAGUGAUGAUAUGUUCAACCUUAUGCAAGGCGUGCGGGCCGUCUUCUCCGGACACUACCAUCGGAACGCGGGCGGGUGCCACGACGGCCUGGACAUGGUGGUGAGCUCGGCCGUGGGGUGCCAGCUGGGGCAGGACACCCACGGGCUCCGGGUGGUGGUGGUGACGGAGGCAGCCGUGGUCCAUCGUUACUACAGCCUGGAGCAGCUCACCACGCACGGGAUGGACCAGGAGCUGAAGACGCUGCUGCAAGGAUAA